CAAGGCCAGCCAGCACUACAAAGCAAAAUCUUGUCUUAAAACACCCCAAAACAAACAAAACAUUUGAAUGAGUGUCAGAAAUUAAAAUCCAAGGCUCAACUUCCUAAUUCACUGCUGUUACCACUGAACGGUGAUUAAGUACUAACAAGAAGUAUUUAGAUGGAAAUGUUGCAGAUAAGCCUUCAGAGAAACACCUUAAGUUCACUGGGGUGCAGUCACGGGACACUUUUGUUUGCCUAGUUAGGCAGCGAGGGCGCGGGUGGGAACCCCGAGCUAACCCCGCAUUGUGCCAACCUGGGGGCAGGCGCGAGGUACGCAACCCACGAUGAUGCGUAACACGAGCUGUGCCCUUUCGGGCUGAGAGCACUGAGUCACUCUGUGGAUGUUUACAAGAGAACGACACUGCUCCAGAAUCCUAGUUAAAGUUUUGAAGGGUCAGCCUCCCUAAAACAAUCCUCAAUUAUUACAAAAAAACUCUUCGUCUUUUUUGACUUCACUGAGGAUCCCCAGUUCUCCACUUACUUGAAUGGUGCUGUGGAAGCUAAGGGACAAGAUUUCGAAAAUUCUUCUCCAGCUAGCAAGGCUACCUUCAAAUCUCGCCUGGAGGACUGUGAGCUCCUCCUUAAGCCCGGGGAGUCGCUCGUACUCGGCCACAUGCCGUCCCCUCUGCACCCGAGAGGCGGCGCCAUCUUCAUUCCUUCCUCGCCUCGCCGGGAGGCGCUGCGCCCCCUCUCCGCCCUGGCGCGCAUGCGCAGGGCUUCCGGGCCAGUCCGCGACUCCACCCUAGGGCGCAAUCUCAGCCAUCCUGACACUGUGGGCAGAUGGUACGGCUGAUAAAGACCCUGCAUACCGGCACUGACUAAUAGCCCUCAAGCCAGCCACUGAGAAACGUGUGAACAGAAGCAGAGACACCUCUCACUCAGAUUCCAGCACUUCCACAGGCCACGAGCCCAAAGAUCUGAGUGCAAAGGCGGCCCACUGCGGGCAUGCGCACUCCCACCCCCGCAGCACGCCGCUGGCCAGAGUGCGUCAGGGAUCACGUGCCGCGUCUCUCUUUCCUCCCGGCAACCAGGCGCUCCCCUGUUCCGGAAGUCGCGCAAGUCCGCGUUGGGCCCCGCCCACUAUCGGUGACGUUACACUCAGCGCCUACCACUGCCCAGCCUCCGCCGCCGGGUUCGGGGAGAUUGGCGGUUUCCUUUCUAUAAACGCUGUAGCUUCCGUACUCCUAGACGGUACAGACUAGGCGUUUAGAGUUAGAAACGGGGUAGCCUCUGGAAGCGUGUGAGUAAAGUGUGCAAGGCCAGCGGCUGGCGAGCUGCAAACCACCGCCGCAGAGGCCUCUCCCCCUCUCCGCAACUUGCGCUCCACUUGGUUCCGCCGAGACCCACGACGGUUCCGCCCCCUUCUUCCUUGUCAUUGAUGUUGUUGUUCUUGUCAGUGCCGCAGCCCCGACCGCCGGGAGUUCGAACCCGAGCCGGGGCCGCCCGGGUGGCGCGGUGGCGGCGGCAGCUGCGACGGCUGCGGGGGCUGCUCCGGGGACUGCGGGGGCGGCCGGGGACCGGCGGCCGGCGGCGGGGCCGGAUGGCUCUGUGCGGGCAGGCGGCGGGCGCCGCGUCGCUGCCCAGCGAGCUGAUCGUGCAUAUCUUCUCCUUCCUGCCCGCGCCCGACCGGCUGCGGGCCUCGGCCUCCUGCUCGCACUGGCGCGAGUGCCUGUUCUACCCGGCUCUGUGGCCCCAGCUCCGCAUCUGCCUCCGCGUCUCGCCCGCGGAGCAGCCUCGGCUCGAGUUCCUCAUGCGCAAGUGCGGCUGGUUCGUACGAGAGUUGCGCGUUGAGUUCGCCGCCGAAAAUUACCUGAGCGGAGGCGGCGGCCCGGGCGACGGAGGCGGUGCGGACGCGGGGACCGGCGGAGAAGAGGUCGAGGCCCUGCAGCUGUCCUCCCGCUGGCUGGAAGUGCUGCGCACCUACUUAGAGCUGGUGCUCUGCGUGCUGGUCAGCAUCCGGAACAACAGGAACCUCCAGAAAUUUAGCCUUUUUGGAGACAUAAGUGUUCUACAACAGCAAGGAAGUUUGUCAAAUACAUACCUCAGCAAGGUGGACCCUGAUGGCAAAAAAAUUAAACAAAUUCAGCAGCUGUUUGAAGAAAUAUUGAGUAAUAGUAGGCAGCUAAAGUGGCUGUCCUGUGGAUUUAUGCUGGAAAUAGUGACCCCAACAUCACUGUCAUCUCUCUCUAACUCCAUUGCCAACACCAUGGAGCACCUGAGUUUACUGGACAACAAUAUUCCUGGUAACAGCACUCUUAUCACUGCAGUCGAACUGGAGCGAUUUGUCAAUCUGCGCUCACUUGCUCUGGACUUCUGUGACUUUACAGCUGAGAUGGCGAGAGUCUUAACCGAUAGCAACCAUGUGCCUUUGCAGCGACUGUCUCUCCUGGUCCACAAUGUUUCUGUGAUGCACAAGUCUCUGGACAACAUGCCCAACGAUGAGCAUUGGAAGGCCCUGUCACGAAAGAGCACUAGUCUCCGUGUCUACAUCAUGGCAUUUGAUAUUAAAAGUGAAGACAUGCUGAAGAUCCUGAAACCCAGUAUACCACUGGAGAGGAUUCACUUUGACAGCUACGUCACGUGUGUUUCAGGGGCUAUUGUGGAUCUCAUAUCCAGGCAGUAUGACAAGUUUCUCACUCAUUUUAUAUUGAUGAAUGAUGUGAUCGAUACGUCUGGCUUUCCAGAUCUUAGUGACAACAGAAAUGAAGAUCCAUUGGUUUUAUUAGCAUGGAAGUGCACAAAGCUCUCUCUCCUAGCAAUUCAUGGUUACACGGUGUGGGCGCACAACCUCAUUGCCAUUGCUCGUCUCCGUGGCUCUGAUCUAAAAGUGCUUGAAGUCACUGAAGAAAGCAUUGAUUUUGACCAAGGUGAACUGGCUGACCAGGAUGUGGACCCAGUACAUAACCUUAUCGAGCAGGUAUCCCUUGGCCUGGGUCAGCCUUGGCACGCAGUCAUGGACAUCGAGUCCCUCAGUGUCUUCACUGAACCAAAUCGUCAUUUUUACAGAGAGAUGCAAACCUUCAGUGAAGACGUUUAGCUUUUUUUAAAUGUACAAUUCCUGUGGUUACAUAUGCAAGUAGGGUCCCAUUAUUUUUUUUUUCAGUAGUGUGAAUUAAUCCCUUUGUGCUGUGUUUAAUCAGUAUUAGCUUUAUAGAAUGAUAUAUGUAUAUUCUACUUCUUGAUCAAAGAACGUAGUCGGGUAUUGGUUUAGAAGUUCAAAGUGACAUUGUAUAGGGCUUUCACGGUUAAUAAAAUCCUUACCAGACCUUAAGGACAUACAACCGAAGAUUGUCUGAGGUUGCUGGCUAACUUUGUUUUUCACUGAGUUACUCUGCCUUUUUGAUAUUUUUAUUCUUUGUGUGUCAGAGUUCAGAGCUCAGGAGCCAAAAUAUUUUUAUACGUAUGUGUAUAUAUAUAUAUAUAUCCAUAGCCUGGUGGAUUUGUAUGCAAUGCACUGCAUCUAUGUAUUCCAGCAGCAUUUCAUUAAUUUGAUUUGAAAUGGAAGAAAGAUACUAUGGUCCCAAAUGGUUACCUUUAAUGGAAAGCCAACUAACUUUCAUUACCUAGAUAAUAGUUCAUAUCACCAGUUACCAUGGUGGAUUUCAUAUAGUACUAGAGUAGAACAUUGCUUAAUCCAUUUUUUAAUGCAUUUACAUAAACAUGAAUACUCAAACUGUUGGAUUUUUUUAUUAACUAUAUCUGACAUAAUUUUACUCAUCCAUUACAUUAUACAUUGAGUUAGCUUUCCAGCCCAGAUUUCAAGUAGUGGAGGAAGAAAGAAGCUAUUCCAGGGUAAAACCUCCGGAACAAAAUCAAAGUCGAGUUGUGAACACACAUGCUUAAAAACAUUAGUCGUGAAAUCCCUUGCAACGAGUCACUGGAUUUUUCUCUGUCAGCACGCAUGUCAGCUGCCAAAGAAUAGACUUAAAUGAAGUGCCCACAUGCUGGCAGGGGCCGGCCCACUCUGGCCAGCCAGAUACUGCUAGAUUGUAAUAUUUAAGGUCGAAUUUCGACCUGUGGUACACAGCUGUGCUGUGGCUCAGUCAGCAACCUCAACUCUGAAAAAACAAAAAAAAAAAGAAAAAAAAAAAAAAACCAUGCACCUGUUUCACUGUGAAUAGUGAAUGUAAAGGAAAGAAAGGAAAACCUGAAAGCUUGUUCUAUCAUAGGUAUGAGCUGCUAUUAUACAUGAAGAACAUUCCAUGAAGUAUGUUUUAAAACCUUGUUAUAUCUGAGAGGCUUUAAAAGCCAAUUUAACUGUUUCAGGGCAACCGCGGUACAGACGUGGUCUCUGUGAGACUUCCACCUGACCCAGUUUUAAGUGGUACGAAUGUUGUGCAUUUAACGUUAAAGGACAGUCUGCAAUAAUAAAGUAAGUAGCCAACGUGGGUGCCCAGCAGUGCUGAGACCUGGCUGCUCUAUUGUAAGCUUUGGAAACACAAUUUAUGCAACAGAUGUCCAGAUAUGAUUCUAUUUAUGGAAAAAGUUUAUAUGUUUUACAAAUGGUUUUACCAUCUUAUAUUAAAUGACCUUCUGACAGGUGUGCACUGUUUUGUCUCCAGUGAGCACAUACCAUGCGGAUUUUAUAUGUACAUCAGUAGUGUGAAUCCACUGGCACAGUGUGUGUAAAUGCCAGAUGUGGUGAGAUUUUAUCUUGUAUAUGUAAUCAGAUAAAAUAACUCCUGACAGAAACCUUAAGGAAACCAGCGGAAUGUUUGACCUGAUGACUGAUGUUGUAUGGUUUAUGUUAAAUGUAUAUUCUUUUAAUCAAUGAAUAAAGCAUUAAAAA